AAAAGUCUAUAAUUAAUAGGGGUUGUCAUUUUUCCAACUCUUUCAAAGGUAGUCAUACUAUCUCAUCCCCAAAUCUCAUUAACACUUCACAAAAUGAGGUUUAUCCUUCCAUGAGGAUGAAGCGAAACCUGCAAGAAAUUCGUCUAGGUAAGGGAAGACUUUGACUUUUCUAUUCCAUCACACAUUCAACGAAUUCCAUAAUUCCACUCACGAUCCAACCACGUGAUCAUCACCAGAUUUGUCGCUAGUUCGCUACACGGUGGUAUUAAAUAUCCCAUGUGUUGGCCGAAUAAAAGUGAUUAUUAUUAGUUUAUUACUACCUGCUCCUGAUCUUCAUUAUUCUACGUGCAAGAUCCUUCGCAGCGGUAACGCAGGGUCGUGGGUGCCAUGUUAUUGAGAAAACCAUUAAUAAAUAAAGCACACAAAAGUCGUCUUAUAGCCCGCAUAUACAUCACCAUAUAUAGCUGAAGCAAAGACCAAGGAAACGAAUAGAGUACCGGUACGUAGCUAGAGAGAGUGCAAGCAAAAGAAAAGAAGCAUUUCAUUGAGAAAAGAAAAAAAAAAAAACAAUGAAGGGUUUGUCACUCAACGUCCGAAUCAUUUCGGAAGAAACGAUCAAGCCCUCUUCCCCAACGCCCCCGCACAACAAGAUCCACAAGCUCUCUUGCAUGGAUCAAUCCUCCCCUCCCGGCUACAUGCCCACCUUCUUCUUCUACGGUCCCAAACACGACCCCAAACCCUCCUCCCAAAACGACGUCGUCGACAAGCUCAAAUCCACCCUCUCAACCACCCUCACCCACUACUACCCUCUCGCGGGGCGCUACGGAAACGACGGCGUUUCCAUCGACUGCAACGACCGAGGGGCCACCUUCGUGGUCGCCCACGUGGCACACGACAUGACGUCCUCCGUCCUCGACGCGCCAGACGAGGAUCGUCUCGUGCAGCUCCUCCCCUGCCCCCCUCAGGAGAAAUGCCUCGACGACGACGGGAAACUCAUUCUCCUGACACUUCGAGUCAACUUCUUCGAAUGCGGCGGCAUCGCCAUCGCAGCGUGUGCGUUCCACGGCGUGGCUGACGCGUCGUCCCUCUCCUGCUUCCUCCAGUCGUGGGCCGCCAUCUGUCGCGGCGACACCGCGGUCAACGACCUCUUGAAAGGCGCCGUCGUGGACUACAGCUCCCUCUUCCCGUCCCAGGACCUCCCUCCUCAACCAAAAACCGUCGACGAGGGCACCGACGUGAAACCGAAACGGACGGUGGUGGCGAAACGUUUCCUCUUCCCCGGUUCGAAGAUCGCGGAGCUGAGGGAGAAGAUCGGGUGCUUCCGUGGCAGGCAGAGGACACGUGUCGAGGCGAUGUCGUCGCUCAUGUGGGCCGCGUCCAUACGCGUCUCGCAGCAGCAGAAGAAGAAGAAGAAGAAGGCCACAAAAGAAGGAGAUGGUGGUAAUAACAAAGGGUUACAUUCGGCGGUGAUGGUGGUGAACUUGCGAACGAGGACGAGCCCGCCUUUGCCGGCGAUGUGCAUGGGGAACCUCAUCCAGCUGACGGAGCCGGUGACGUGGCCGGUGGAGGAGGAGGUGACGGCGGAGGAAGGGAUGGGGGAGCUGGCGGGGAAGUUGAGCGGGGCGGUGAGGAGGAUCAACCACGAGUACUUGAAGAAGCUGCACGAGAAUGAGUCGGAGGGUUAUUUCAGGCUGAACAAAUCUUUUGGGGAAGAGUACGCGAAGGAUGAUUUCAUAAUGAUAAGCAGCUCGUGCAGGUAUCCGACGUACGGGGCGGACUUCGGGUGGGGGAAGCCCGUUUCGGUGAACGGGUUUGCCCCGAAUAAUAAGAUGGUGGUGCUGUUGGAUGCCAAGGAUGGGGAGGGGAUUGAGGCUUGGGUGACGUUGUAUGAGGAUGAUAUGGCCAUAUUCGAGAAGGAUUCCGAUCUUCUUUACUAUGCUAGCUAGUUAAAUUAAUUAUUAUUUUUCCUUCAUUCUCUGCGGCGGCUUAUUGUGUUUUUUGUUUUUUUGUUUUGUGCAUCGUCUCGAUUCUAUUGAUUAAAAGGAAGAGAGAAAGAAAUCAUGGUGGUUUCGUGAUAUAUGUUCAACUGGAUAAUUAUGUACGAUUUCAUGAGAUGAACUCUUCUUUCUUUCUUUCUUUCUUUCCAUGUUAUUAAGUAUCCAUUUGAUGUGAUAAUUAAUCUUUUCCAUUAAU